UCAGGUUGGUUUAUUUUACGCUCCAAUCGAUUGUGAAGCUGUUCAGUUGCUGUGAGCGACUGUAAAGGGUUUAAUCAGGGCAGGAAACGGGUCUGUCCCGGGUCUCAAGAGGAUUCUGUCCACCAGCUGAAGAUGAAGGUGUGUGUGUGUGAGCUGAUGUGGACGUGAAUUCAGCAGAAUGGACCAGUGUGAGGACGGAGAGGACGGAGUCCCUCCCUCUAAAACCUCUCUGUGUGGGGAACAUGAGAGUCGGAGCAAAGCUCAGAGGAAUCAACCUGGACCUGGACCUGGACCUGGACCUGGACCUGGACCUGGACCUGGACCUGGACCUGGAUCCAGCUGUGUAUCCUUGAAGAGCAACCGAUUAAAAGACUUGGUAAACUUCUUUGAAGGAGACCAGGGUUCUGCUGUAAAGACGAUCCAUCAGAAAGGAGACUCUCUUGAACAUGAACCCAGCUGUUUGUCCUUGAAGAGCGACCGGUCAAAGAACUGGUUUAUUAACUUUAAAGGAGACCAACAUUCUUCUUCAGAGAGAGUGGACCAGCAGAUCUCAGAGUCCCCCAGCGGUCCGUCUGUCCAGCAGCAUCAGACCCAGCUGGACUCCGUCUUUCAGCUGCUGGAGGACGACAUCGUCCUGUUUGUGAAGGACGAGCUGAAGAAGAUCCAGAAGGGUCUGAGUCCAGAUUACCCAGAAUCCCUAGAGCAUGUGUUGCAGGGUGAGGAUGAAGAGCAGAGGAGCAUCAGAGAUACGUUUGUGAAGAUCACAGUGAACUUCCUGAGGAGAAUGAAGCAGGAGGAGCUGGCUGAGCGUCUGCAGAGCAGUUCUUUUGCUGCAGUUUGUAAAAAGCGGCUGAAGUCUAAGCUGAAGAAGAAGUACCAGUGUGUUUCUGAGGGGAUUGUUAAAGCAGGAAACCCAACCCUUCUGGAGCAGAUCUACACGGAGCUCUACAUCACAGAGGGAGGGACCGGAGAGGUCAACGAUGAACAUGAAGUCAGACAGAUUGAAGCAGCUUCCAGGAAACCAGACAGAGCAGAAACAGCCAUCAGACAGGAAGACAUCUUUAAACCCCCACCUGGAAGAGAUGAACCAAUCAGAACGGUGAUGACGAUGGGAGUGGCCGGCAUCGGGAAAACAGUCCUAACACAGAAGUUCAGUCUGGACUGGGCUGAAGGCAGAACCAACCAGGACAUCCAGUUCCUGCUUCCAUUCACCUUCAGACAGCUGAAUGUGCUGAGAGAGGAGAAGUUCAGCUUGGUGGAUCUUGUUCAUCGAUUCUUCUCUGAAACCAGAGAAAUGUGCAGCUUUGAAGAGUUCGAGGUCGUGUUCAUCUUUGACGGUCUGGAUGAGAAUCGACUUCCUCUGGACUUCCACAACAAUGAGUUUAUGACUGAUGUUACAGAGUCCACCUCAGUAGAUGUGCUGCUGACAAACCUCAUCACGGGGAACCUGCUUCCUUCUGCUCGUCUCUGGAUCACCACACGACCCGCAGCAGCCAAUCAGAUCCCUCCUGACUGUGUUGCCAUGGUGACAGAAGUCAGAGGGUUCACUGACCCACAGAAGGAGGAAUACUUCAGGAAGAGGAUCAGAGAAGAGGAGAAGACCAGCAGGAUCAUCUCCCACAUCAAGACAUCACAGAGCCUCCACAUCAUGUGCCACAUCCCAGUAUUCUGCUGGAUCACUGCUACGGUCCUGGAGAACGUCCUGGAGAACGUCCUGGAAACCAGAGAGGGAGGGGAGCUGCCCAAGACCCUGACCGAGAUGUACAUCCGCUUCCUGGUGGUCCAGGCCAAACUGAAGAAGGUCAAGUAUGAUGGAGGAGCUGAGACGGAUCCACACUGGAGUCCAGAGAGCAGGAAGAUGGUGGAGUCUCUGGGAAAACUGGCUUUUGAGCAGCUGCAGAAAGGAAACCUGAUCUUCUAUGAACCAGACCUGAGAGAGUGUGGCAUCAAUGUCAGAGAGGCUUCAGUGUACUCAGGAGUGUUCACACAGAUCGUUAGAGAGGAGAGCAGCCUGUACCAGGACCAUGUCUUCUGCUUCAUCCAUCUGAGUGUUCAGGAGUUUCUGGCUGCUCUUCAUGUCCAUCAGACCUUCAUCAGCUCUGGAGUCAACCUGCUGGAGGAGCAAAAGAAAACUUCCUGGUGGUUUAAAAAAAGAGCAGAGACUCAGCUCUAUCAGACAGCUGUGGACAAGGCCUUACAGAGUCCAAACGGACACCUGGACUUGUUCCUGCGCUUCCUCCUGGGCCUUUCACUGGAGACCAAUCAGAACCUCCUACGAGGUUUGAUGGAACCAAAACAAAGAAGAUCACAGAACAAUCAGGAAACAGUUGAAUACGUCAAGAAGAAGAUCAGUGAGGAUCUGUCUGCAGAGAGAAGCAUCAACCUGUUCCACUGUCUGAAUGAACUGAACGAUCGGUCUCUGGUGGAGGAGGUCCAACAGUCCCUGAGGUCAGGACGUCUCUCCACAGAUAAACUGUCUCCUGCUCAGUGGUCGGCUCUGGUCUUCCUCUUACUGUCAUCAGAAGAAGAUCUGGAGGUGUUUGACCUGAAGAAGUUCUCAGCUUCAGAGGAGGCUCUACGGAAGCUGCUGCCGGUGGUCAAAGCCUCCAAGAAAGCUGAGUUGUGGGGCUGUUACCUCUCAGAGGACAUCUGUCCACUUCUGUCCUCAGUUCUCAGCUCUCAGUCCUCCAGUCUGACAGAACUGGACCUGAGCAACAACCCCCUGCAGGAUUCUGGACUGGAGCAGCUGUGUCCUGGACUGGAGAGUCCACACUGUCACCUGGUGUCUCUCAGAUUGGUGUUAUGCAGGUUGUCAGAGAUCAGCUGUUCUUCUCUGGUCUCAGCUCUGAAGUCCAACCCCUCCCAUCUGAAACAUCUGGACCUGAGUAUCAACAACCUGCAGGAUUCAGGAGUGAAACAUCUGAGUGGAUUUCUGGAGAGUCCAGACUGCAGACUGGAGACUCUGAGGUUGCAGGGCUGCAGUUUGUCACAGAUCAGCUGUUCUUCUCUGGUCUCAGCUCUGAAGUCCAACCCCUCCCAUCUGAAACUUCUGGACCUGAGUCUGAACGACCUGCAGGCUGCAGAUGUGAAGCAGCUUUCUGAUAUGGUGAAGAGUCCAGACUACCAGCUGCAGACUCUCAGCUGGAGAUGAUGAGAGAGUCAAGGACGGAUGAGUCGUGUCCUGAUCGUCCUCAGAGUUGAAGCAGCACCAGUUUGUGUGGAAAGACUCUGACUGGACCGUGAUGAUGAUGAAGAUGAAGAUGUACCUACAGUAGUUUCUGAAUUCCAACGUUCUACAAACUUCUCAUAAAUUAAUGUAUUCCAUGUUAAGUAAAAAAGCCUUUAUUGUUAUUAUAUUCUUGUUAAAAAACAGUACAUCAAAAUGUAACAUUUAAUUACCCUAUUGUAUCCGUAGUUUUUUCCCUCGUUUUUAUUUUUCCAACGAAAGGAGGGCCUUUUUGACCCCCUAAACGUGCCCCAAAAGUCACCAAAUGUUGCUCCAAGCCAGUCCUGGUGAAAAAUGUGAUAUUUCAUGGUUUGCAUUAAUGGGCGUGGCCUAAUGGCUCAACAGCGCCCCCUAGAAAACUUUGUGCCUCAAGCCCCACAAUAUGGUUUGACGUACAUGCACCAAAAUCGCUACACACCUGUAUCAUGGCACAACUUAAAGAAAAGUCUCUUGGUGCCAUGGCCGAAACUGAACAGGAAGUCGGACAUUUUGAAUUAAUCGUGUCAUUUUGGCGAAAUUUAUGCAAUUUCUUCGGCAGUUAAUGCGACCCGAACCAUAACGUGCACCCAGGUGUGUUAUACAUCAAAAUGUGCGUCUCCAUCCUGCGACGAAGCGCAUCACUUUUCUCAGUCAAAAGCGUUACCAUGGCGACGCUAGAUGACAAAAAGCACCCCCCCCCUUCUUCUGAUUGGUCCAUAUUUGAUAGUUCCUACUUUCUGCCAUAACUUUUGAAUGGUUUGAUACAGAGAGUAGUGGGUGGUGUCAUCCGCUAAAUGUCCAGGCCUGAAUAAUCUACAUCAAGUCAUACAAGCUUCCACUGCAGCCUGAACCUGCACAAGGGUGGAGGCCGUUCAUCGCUGCUUUAAUUUGAACUUGAGGUUCAUUCGACAAGUGAGCACUUUGUCUAAAUUCUGGAUGAUUCCUAGUACGGAGGUUCCUACUACUAAUGUAGUGAUGGAUAAAUGUCUGCGCUGCCGCGGCGGAGCUGCUCAGCAAAGCAGCCGUCUCCUCCACCGAGUCACGUGACUCCCCGGUGUUUUCUUUUUAUUUACAUGUUUCCGUUUAAUUCCAAGUUUUCCUUUUGUUGUUGUCGUGUUUUCAGCUCGUCAGGUUUUUAAAGUUUCUCUCCGCGUCACUGAUGAAGAGAGAGAGUGAAGAGAACCGUGGAAAUAACAGCAUUUGUUCAUGAAACACGAAACACAAAUGAACUUGACUUGGUCAAGGAAUGUUCCUCAGAGUUUGUUCCAGAAAAUAUUGUAAAUGUUUUCUGGAUAUUACGAUGAUUGUUAACACUUCAAAGAAAGUCAAAAUUCUUCAUUAAAACUUGAAUCUUU